CACAACGAUAUCACAAUGUCGAAGGCAAUAUUCCUCGGCAAAGCUGAGGGCAAGCCUGGGAAGGUCUAUUAUCCGCUCGCACUAAAGACCUUACCCCAACCCACCCCUAAAGGCACCGAGCUGCUGGUGAAGUUGUCCGCAGCAGCUCUCAACCAUCGCGAUGUGUUUCUGCGCCAGCACCUCUACCCCGGACUGACGUUUGACGUACCUAUGGGCGCAGACGGGGUCGGAACCGUCGUGGGCGCAGGCCCUGACGUAACAAAUCCAGAACGAUGGCAAGGGAAGCGAGUCAUUUUGAAUCCUGGAAUAGGCUGGAAGGACUCUCUUGAAGGCCCGGAGGAUCCCACAGGCUAUAAAAUCAUGGGAGGAACCAAGUUCUACGACAAGGGUACAUUGCAAGACUAUAUUACGAUCGACGAGUCAGAGGUCGAAGAAGCCCCGGAGCAUUUGUCAGACGCAGAAGCAGCCGCCCUACCCCUGGCAGGACUGACAGGAUGGAGGGCCCUAGUGGUAAAGGCAGGCGAGAGCAAUACCGGCAAAGGCGCUGCCGUUCUGAUCACAGGUAUCGGCGGAGGUGUGGCGCUAAUUAGCUUGCUUUUUGCUGUUGCGCGAGGUGCCGACGUGUAUGUUACCAGCUCUAGCGAGGAGAAAAUCCGCAAAUCUAUCGAGCUCGGUGCCAAGGGGGGUGUGAACUAUAAGGAAGAUGGCUGGGAGAAGAAGUUGCUCGGCCUGCUUCCUAAGGGAAAGAAGAACUUUGACGCCGUUAUCGACGGAGCGGGUGGUAACUCCGUCGAGAAGUCUGUCAAACUGCUCAAGGCUGGCGGUGUCCUCUCCAUCUAUGGAAUGACAGUCUCUCCCGUGAUGCCAUUCUUGAUGCAGGCCGUGUUAAAGAAUAUUGAUGUCCGCGGCUCGACAAUGGGUUCUCGGAAAGAAUUCAAGGACAUGGUCGAAUUUGUCAAGACGCACAAAGUACGCCCGGUGGUAUCGCGCGUCGUGCAGGCCGAAUUGAGCGAUGUUGCCGCCCUGGAUGGACUGUUCCAGGAUAUGAAAGAUAGUAAACAGUUUGGGAAACUGGUCAUAGAGUUUGGGAAGCCUUCGGGAAGUAAGCUCUAGAGACGAAGCUUCUGAUGGACAUUAUCUAUCUGUAAUACUCGCGGAGAAUCAAUCAGCUUGGAUCUCAAUUCUGGAAAGUAAUCU